UCUGCUUCGAGAGACUUCAGCAAAGCAACUGUCGGUCUUCCCGAGUCUCUGGCGAACGCAACACCGACGUAGGUGGGUAGAUCUCGUCUCCUCUCCGCUCUCAAGAGAUCGAGAGAGAAGAGAGAGCGGGAUCUCUCGAUCCUUCCUCCAUGGAAGCGGCGCCUCAGUUCCUCCAGUGCGGCUUCGAGCCCUUCCGCCGCUCGCCCUUGGCGACAGCCGCCCCGCAGUAGAGGACGCUCCGACGCCGAUCAAUUCGUCUGAGAUCUAGGUCUCCACGAUCGGGAGUCUUCAAUGUGGCGACGGAGCCUACGACCGGUGGUGCCGUUUCUUCUUCUUCUUCUUCUAAUUCUGCCUCUUCUCCUCGGUCCGCCUCGUUUGGUUCCGUCAAUGGUGCCGUCUCCAACAGGUUUGGCAACGUGUCGUAGGAGAUAAAGAUGGUGAGAAAGCAGAUGGAGGAGGACGAGCAGCUGGCCACGCUGAUGAGAGGACUUCGAAGUCAAAACCUCACCGACGUUCAGUUUGCAGAUGAGAACAUCCGGCUUCGUCUUGUCGAGGUACCAGCUGUGAACAGCAAUGAAGCAUUGCCACUUGUGUAUGAUCCUGACAUAAUUGCAUCCUACUGGGGAAAGCGCCCUAGAGAUGUUUCCACACGGAUUAUACAGCUGCUGUCUGUAGCAGGUGGCUUUCUGUCUCAUUUAGCUUGGGACUUGAUUAACAAGAAGAUCGCAGAGGUUCCUUCAUUUCCAGAUGAUGUUGCGAUGGCCCUUAUUGAAGAAGAACUUGGGCAGCCUUGGUGUAAAAUCUACUCUGAACUGACACCAUCCCCAAUUGCUGCUGCAUCUCUGGGACAAGUUUACAAGGGUUGCCUAAAAGAAACUGGCGAGUUGGUGGCCGUCAAAGUACAGCGGCCUUUUGUUCUGGAGACUGUCACCAUAGAUCUCUUCAUUAUUCGUAAACUGGGACUGUUUUUGCGAAGAUUUCCUCAGGAUGAAUGGGCUGCCCGCAUUUUUGAAGAACUUGAUUAUGUAAAUGAAGGAGAAAAUGGAACUCGCUUUGCUGAAAUGAUGAGAGAAGACCUUCCUCAGGUUGUCAUACCGAAGGCUUAUCAUAAAUAUACGUCAAGAAAAGUUCUUACCACCCAGUGGAUAGAUGGAGAGAAACUAUCACAAAGUACUGAAAGUGAUGUAGGGGAACUGGUCAACGUUGGAGUGAUAUGCUACCUAAAGCAGAUAUGAAAAAUCUGAUAAGCAAACAUGAAUAAGUGUCCAAUUCCACAAAGAGACAAAAUAGAGAUAUGGGACAUGUAGGAGAAGAGUAAUACAAGAAGGCACAUAUGGUCAAAAUAUUUUGUAAGGAACUUUACAACGGUAAGCAUUUUUAUUAUUGUUAUUUCAAUUGACCUUGGAACAGUAAAAUAAAAGAGCUGGUAGCUGUCUACAUGACCCAUAUGAAUUGUGGGUUUGAAUGUGAAUCCAUGUGACACUACAACUGUGCCCGAUUUUCAGAGUAUUGAUUCUUGUUGAUUGUAGGUCAUUCCAACAGUGGCUCAAACACUAACCUUUUGGGAUGAUCUGGUUCUAUAUAAAGUUAAAAUUUUAAUUUUUUCACCCAUAUUGAAAACCAUAAAUAAUGUGGGUUACAAGGGACAACUUGGCCAAGAAUUAUAAAAAGAGAAAUAGAUAGGGUCAACGGGUCUUUUUUUCCACCUAAUUUUUUCAUAUAUAUGAUCUAAUCUCUUGUUAUUGUGCUGUUGAACAAUGAAUAUGUUAAAAUUAUCAUUAUAUAUAAUGUUUAUGUUUAAAAUCUAGAUCUUCUCUAAACUAUAAUCCUAGAUACCCAAGGCUACAAACACUAGUACUAGCCUUCCCUUGACCAUCUCCCUCCCUGAUCUUAUGUCAACCUCUAUGGUUCCAUUUAUGUGUAUCUAUUUGGGUAACUGAUAGAAACUAGAAAGAAAUAUUUCUUACACAUAAAAGUAGAUAAAGGGUUAAUUUGACCAACUAGACUUAAAAAGAGUUAAGGCUACUUUUAUAUUUGAGAGAAUGGCAGGUGAAUACAGGAAAUACAAUGGUGGUAUUUAUGUAUCAGAAGAAAGUGGAUGAAUGGACUUGUAUGAACCAAUGUUUGAAAUCUUGUUACGCUGGCUGAUUUAAUCAUUGGUCAGACCGGCAUAGAACAUACCAAUCGGGGCAUGGACAAGAAAAUAUGUGAGGAGAUAGUUAGUUUUAUUUCUUGUUUCUAAAUUACUGACUGUUGGUUGUUUUUGUACAUUGGUAAAAUUAUGCAAGUCACUGAAAUUUUAUAAAAUGAUGUAUAAUUUUUAUAUCAAGUUUCUAAUCUUUCCAUUCAUCUUGUUAUAUAUGUAUUGUGCAGUUGAAGAAGGUCCGAGUAACUAAAAAAUGCUUUCUUUAUCAAGUAAAAAACUUGGUCUAUGACUCUCUGCUAUAGGUAGAAUAUAAAAAUCAUAUCAGCUGAAUUCUUAAGCAAUGUUAAAAAUAACAUGAUUUGAUCCUUGAAAUAACUUGGUGUCUUUGAUACAUCUAUAUUCGGCAUGAUUGUUGAAGCAAGAAAGGUCUUGAAACUCGAGUGUCGUUGCAGUUUCCUCCUUCCACCGUAAAAUAUGAAUUGUUAUGUUCUUUUUUUUUUUUUUGAAUUAUGCAUUUUUCAUCUGAUGGCUUUCUACUUUUUGCAACUACUUGAUCUUUCAUGCUGAUCCUCAUCCUGGAAAUAUGAUUCGUACACACACCAUUUGUCAUUUAUCAUUUAUAUCUCAUACAAAAAUUAGUCAUAUGGGCCAUUAUAUUUUAAACAUUUCACCCAUAUCGUAACAUCUCUUACCUUUUUGAAAAAGUGAUGCAUCGAGGUGUUCGUAUUGUGUUGAAUCAAUAUCCACGCAUCAUAGAGAAAACAAUAAGAUGGCACAAAUUUUAAAUGAAACAUAUGCAAUGCCCUUGACAACUAUUCAGUUUUUAAGUCCCACAUGAAGCUAUAUAAUAAAUCUUAAUAGUAUUUCAGUCCUUUUUUACUAGCUAGAUUGAUUUCGACAUAGAAUGUUUUUAGUUCUCAAGUUAUAUGUUUGUUAUGUUGCAUACUCCACCAGUUUUUAUUCCAAGAUGCCUUUUGCAGGUAUAGGAUGAUGACAACGGAAAAAUUGCUACUUCAAAUCUAAAGACUGAAAAUUAGGAAAAAUAUCCUUUAAACUUAAUAGGCAAAAGAUAAAAAAGUUAAUGCUCAAUAGAGCAGGAAAUGUAAUUAAGACGGAAUAAGGAAACAAUUGACUUAAGUCGAGCAUAAUAAGGGGUUUUGAAGUGGUCAGAUACAGAUAAUGCUUUCAAGUAAAAACUAAAAUGAAGCACAUAUAUAUAAGAUUCAGUAUAUGGCAAAAUCAUUAUACCUGAAACAUAUCAACCAAGCCAAAUUUUGGAUAUAUCAAGUGAGACACCACAACUAUAGAAGUUUAGUUAUUAGCAGCUUAGGAAAUCACCCAAAGAAUCAUUUUUUCUAUUCCAAACAUUGUAGGAAAGAAGUAAUUACAGGACGCUAAAGAUUUGGAACUUAGUGUCAGAAUCGGCAUGAGAGCACAGAUGGCUGAGCAAACCCUCGACACAUAUCUUGGCGGCGGUGUCAUCCCUGUAGCAAUUCCCCGACUCCGGACCAGCUCGAAGUACUCCCUCGCCCCGGCGAACACUGCGGCCGCCAAGCGCCACGGUGAACACCCAUCCUCCUGCCACCACGACACCUCCCGCACCCAAUCCAAUGCCGAGACCAAAGAUCACACGCUUCCUCAGCUGCAUCCCCUGGCUCCCCUUCGGCUCUACAACUACGGCCUCUACUCCCUGCAUCGUGGAACCAAUAAAUCCAAAGAUACCCCACAAGAAUUGAGAUCAAAUCCGAAACCUUUGAUGGAGGCAAGGGCACAAGAAUCACCUCAAGAGAGUCCUCGCGGUGGGAGUCGGACUUCGAGGCCGCUUUUCUGGAGGAGACCAAGGCGGCGGAGAGACGGCAGGGAUAGAAGCGGCGAGAGGGAAGGAAGAGACGCAGUCCGGGAAGCUGGCGGCGAGGGAGGAGGAACGAUCUGGGGCUGAGGGAGAGGGGCAAGGAGAAGAGGCCGCAGCGGUCGACUUCAAGGAAGGCCGCCGCAGUGGCAGCCAUCGAAACAGAGUCAAGGAGCGAAUCAAAAUAAGGGCGGUUGCGGUGGCCGAGAAGGCAUUUGAGGCGGGGCGGCGGGAUCCCGAGGUGUGGAGGAGGUUAUCCUCCUCCCCCGUCUUCCGCUCUGGGUUACGUUAGGGGGGCCGGGAGCAGAUCUGUUUGUGUUUUCUUCUUGUUUUUGUUUCUAGAAACCUAAAUCUUUUGUUUUUGUUUAUUUUUCCGUCUGCGCAAUGUGUAUCGGUACCCGUUUCCGUC